ACAACACAUUAAUACUUAGUCAUCUACACAGGGUGGUGUGUACUUUUUACUGAUUACACAAUUGUCUUUAAUUCGUUCCCUGUCCUGAACAUCUUAAAUAAUGGCACCUGUUAAGCGGAAGAACGACCAAGAUGACGACGAACGGUUUAAGACUAAACGGGUCAAAUCGCGAAAGCAGAUGAGAAAGGCAGAGCGGAAGAAGGAAAAGCAAAGGCACCAUCAGAAUAUGCUACGUUGGAAGGAACGCAAUAGGAAGUCAGCCAAAGCAAAGAAAGACUCCGAUGCACCAUCGGAGGACAUUGAACCGAAGAAAGGGAGCCGUGGUGCUAGAUAUGAAGAGAUAGAGCCACCCAUUGACGAACCUGAGGAGCUAACGGAUGAGCAACGGGAAAUUGAGUACCUGGAAAAGCGCCUGUUAAAAAAUAAAAAAGGAGCCUCCAAAGGUGACGUAUUCCAAACAUUGCGCAAGGAGUUUAUCAAUGAUGGUUUUGAUGAUGAUUUAUUGGACUUCCUUUCGGAGAUUAACCACAUGGCGGAGAAGAGCAAAUUGAAAUCUAAAAGAAAAUCUACAACCGCGGCAGCUUCUAAUGACAACGGUGCUGAAGAGGGUAUAUCUGAUACCGAGGAGGAUGAUGCUGAUGAGGAGGUGGACUCUGUAUAUGGUGACGAAGAAGAGGAAUCUGGUAGUUAUACUUCUGACGAUGAAGAUGUUGUACCUGAACCUGUAAAGAAACGGGUUAGAUUCAAUUUAUCAAAUAACCAGGGUGACGACGAUAAGCCAGUAGUUAAACAAGCGGAACCUAGGGAACUAGACCUUAAUUCGUUAGCGAACAUGAAGAAAAAGCAAAUGGGUCUCAUUAAUAGGAUAUCGGAGGGUAACUUCAUCGUGGUGGUUCGGGAAGUUAUUAACAUAUACAACAAGGUGAUGACAAGUGGCAAGGACCAGACAAGAACGCUGGAUGCCCUCAUAGAGAACAUAUGCGAGUGCACUGUGAAGUCGAUUAUUGAAAAUGAAAACAGUGUAAUCAGCUUGGUUGCCAUCCAUACAGCUCUUAUAUGUGCCCUUUGCAAUACGGUUGGCAUCAACGUGGGUUACGUUUAUUGCCACAAGCUUCUGAAUACACUGGGCGGAUCCUUGCCAAUCCUAUUUAGGAAUAAGGACACCAAGCAAUUGCUGGACACUAAGCUAAAAGCUAGGAACACGGUCAUGUCAUUCUCGGUUAUAUCCGAGCUUGAGAUGCUGGAUUGUGAAAUAAUCUUCCACAUUAUAAAAAUCAUGACAGCAAAGGAAAUUACUGAACACAUUGCGCAGGUGCUGAUGUUACUAUUGCGGUAUACUGGCCACAAAAUGAGAAGUGAGCAUGCUGAGUCCUUUCAAAAGGUCAUGGACCACUUUCACAAGAUGCUGGAGGACUAUAAAUCAUCGCAUGGAGACAUAACACAGACACGGCUGAGGUUUUUUCAACAAGAGAUUGACGCAUUUAAGAUAUCAAAGGAGCGCAAGCCCGUGGAGACAUUCGACUUCCUGAAGAACAUUAUAAAGGGCGAGUUCAGGUACCAGGGCGGUGGCCGAAAUCCACAAAUUGACUAUAAGACAUUACUCCAAUUUAGUCAAGCUUACACUGGCAACACUGGUUCGUAUGCAAUAUUGAAGAAACUCGAUUGUGAUGCUAUUUCAAUGCUAAAUAGCGGCAUUGAGGGUGACGAUGACCCAAACUCCACUGACGCUCUAUUGCAGAAGGCAACUGCUUUGAGAUUAUACUCCAACUGUCAAAAGUCAACCUUUAUAGCUAUCAUGGGUGCGCUGAACCCUCAACACGCGGUUGAGCGCAUAAUGCAAAUUGGUAUCAAGUCUGCCCAGUAUACCGAGGUUGUGUAUACCAUCGUCCACUGUCUAAUGAGUGAGAAUGCAUACAACCCCUAUUAUUCCGAGGUUGGCAAACUCCUAUCGCGGAUGCCUUCCACUACUGGCAAGCGGUUCACCAGGGCUAACGUCUGCACUAUGAUUUCCGCAAUAGAGCAUCUCCAUGAAAAACGACCUCAAAAGUGUACCCAUGCAGGCCUAUACUUUGGCGUUAUGGUAAUAUCAAGGGUACUGGAAAUACGGCUACUUCGUUUCCUUAAGAAGGAGCAUAUGGAAAGUGCUUCUAUAGAGUCGUUUCUAUCAGGCCUCUUUCUUGCCUUGGUGACGGAAACACCUCAAGACACUGAAGAGCAUGUAAUUGAGGACCUGCUGAAGUUACAAAGUGAGGAAAUAUUCGAAGCCCUAUCUGAAGCUUGGUCUGAAUACUUGGACAGUCACUGUGCCAAGAAGGUAUCCAAACUCAAAUGCAGUCGGGUUAUACUAGAGGCCUGUAGGCGCAUAUUUACUACUCAAGACUGAGCAAUGCUAUAUGGCAGCUAUUCUAAGGUCACUGAUAUAAAUGUAGUACU